UCAAAUCCUCUCUCUCUCUCUCUCAUUUUCAAUGGCUGGAGAUUUAUUAUACGCCAAAACGCAGCGUAUCGUGCUCCUCAUAGAUCUCAACCCCCUUCUUCUCACACCCACAUCGGAGCAAUACCUAGCCGUCGUGAUCUCCGCCGCCGAGAAGCUUCUCUCUUUCCCUCCACUCUCCGCUUCUCUCUUCUCUUUCAAGUUCUUCAUUUCCUCUCUAUCUUCUCUCUUAUCUUCCUCGAAGCUCUCUGCGCUCUCGAUUCCAUCUUCCAAGCUUUCGUUUGACCUCCCUGGCCCUACACUCGCCUCCCUCAGACGCGCCAUCGACGCCGUCAAGCGAUGCGAGCUCCGAUCGACUUCCAAUUCGGCGGCGUCGCCUCGCGGGGUCAACGUCGCGGCGUCUUUGCGACAGAUCGUUUACGAUUACGCUUGGGAGCCGGUGGUUCGAGAUCCGGAGAUAGGUAUGAUUCCUGGGUUCACGGAUGGUGGAGUUGACGUAGUUAGAUCGAAUUUGGUAUUGAUGUUUUCCCCAAUUUCUAGGGAUUUGAAUUGUGUUUCUGAGUUUCUCGACGUUAAGAGUGGCGAUGAGUGUUUGAGCGAGUUGGGUUUGUUCAAGUCAAAGUUCAGUGAGGUUUUUGACUGUGUCAAUGACUUGUUUGGUGAUAGAGAUAUUCACUUAAGCUGGAUUGAUGUUAGAUUUGGUGAAAGAAGUGAAUUGGGAUUAAAGUCUGGGUUUUUAGAUAGUGGAAUUAGAGAAUUGGGCUGGGGGCAGUGUUCUACGGAUUCGAUUGUUUAUUGUUCUUCAAUAGUUCCCUUUGGAUUGAUAUAUCCAACCAUUGGUGUUUCUCCAAAGCUAUCUACUAGCCGUAAGUUUACUGCUCAGGCCAGUCUUGAGAUUGCUGACAUUGAUGGUAAACCUAUGGAGUGCAAGUGCGGCGAGCUAGAGUUUUCUUCUUCUGAAAUUUCUAGUGGGAAGAGGUCUGAUAAGUUCACCAACUUGGUUACUGCAUCUGAGGAAUCUCUAACUGAAGAGUUCUGUAAUGGAAUCACCAAAUUCAGUAUUAAAGCCUUGAGGAUGUGUGAUGAUCUUGUCGAGCUCGAGAGGUAUACUUGUGAUACUUUUGUUGUGCAUGAAGUCUCCCAGGAACCUGACCAAAACCAGGAGCAGGAGAGUGGAUUUUGGGCUGAUCGGGUUUUUCAGAUACUAGAGAAGGAGACGGGUGAGAAAGUAGUGAAAAGAUCAUCUCCUGUUUGGCAGAUUUUAUUAAGUUAUCUCUAUAGAGAAGGUUACUCAGCUUUGGUAUCUCUAACGAAUAGCAAUGGUACUUCUCGGACAGGAAUCCUCAAGCCAUUUACUUUCUCCUCGGCUUUAAUCUGUGUUUUUGACAAUGAAGUCUCUCCUCAAACUGUGGAUCAUGAAGAUAGCAGUAAGAUGGUCAGUUGUGGCGAAAAUAAAAGAAAGCUAAGCAGAAAGAUUCUAAACUCACUUAUUGACAUUAGCUGGGAGGAUUUCUGCAUAUCAGUGAAAGGUUAUGGUCAAAUAGAUCUAGAGGAUGUAUAUCUAUCCAAGUUUAGCAACUCGAAGAAAUAUAAGUUUCUGAAAUGCUGGAUAAAACAGAUUAGGAUACCGAGAGGUUGCAGCUUAUCCGUUGCUAGUAGCUGCGAUGCACAGAAAGAUGUGGAAGCGGAUCCAGUUGUGAGAAAGCACAACUCAUCUGAAGAGACAGAAAAGGCUAUAUCUUUACCUGGAUCUGAGGAGGAGAUAGCUCUGAGUGGAAAUCGUCUAUCCGUAAGGCAGGAGAAUGAUACAUCUGUUAUAGCGUCAGAGUCAUCAGAAAUUUUCUUUGCUAGUCUUCCUAGUAAAAUAAAGAAAGGGAUCGAGUCUGAGGAAAUAGAUUUGGCAGCUCUGGCAGAACGGCUUGUCAAGUCCUAUCUCCUUCAUUCCUCUCAAAGACUUGAGAAGGAUUAUAGUUGUGAGAGUGGAACCCUCUUGUCGGUCACUGAGGAGCUAGCCAAGAUGUUACUGAAAGAACCGAAAGAUUUAGUUGCCAAGUUUAAAAAGAAACAUUCAUCAUCCACGGAAAAUGAGCAGAAGUCUGAAGAAGCUUCACCCAGUAACAUCAUUAGAGAAUACGAGCUGCAGAUUCUUUUUCGAAUGGAGAUUCUAAGAUCAGUGAUAGGUUUGGGAAAUGAGGAGUCUGUAACUCAGAAGUUUGCAAAACAGAUUUGCAUGCUUCUUGAGGCCAUUCAGUGCAAGUUAGACGGCGGAUUCUUUAGUGAUUGGAGUCUUGAUAAGUAUGUGGAUAAAAUUAUAAAAGCCAGGUAUCAUCAUAUUCUUGGAGAAGCUGUCAGCAUAAUUUAUACAGAGAUGGAUCUGCUUAUGUUCAGUGAUGAGGAUCUUGAAGAUAGUUUCAUGAAAAAUGAAGAGAGUAGCCAAUCAGGGAGAGAAAACAUCCAUAGCAAUGGCAAGAGUCAUCAUCGUAGUCAAAGAAAUGAAGAUGUUCCCGGUUCGAGUAAGAAGAACCUUUUGAAGAAAGAGAGCAGGGAGUGCAGAGAAGCUAGGAAAGUAGUUGAAGCACAAGAAAUGAGGGAAAGGGCAAGAAGAUUCUCGAGUUUCACAAGUUGGAUGCCUGAUCUUUGUAGAGUUUGGGCACCGAAACAAGCAAAGAACUCUAAAGACAAAGCGGAUCAGCAAAAGAGAUUAGCCAAAAGGAAGAACGAACAUAGAUCAGUGGACUAUGACAGAGUAUGCGAGACACCAGUGACAGGAGAUAACAAACGAACACGAACUGAUGACAGAGAUGAAUACGAGUGUGGGACACUGCCUCGUAGUUCCGUACCAAAGGCUUUGUUUCAGGAUGAUGAUUCUUAGGCAAACUCUUUUUGUAUUAUCUUUAACACUGAAAUAAGGACUACACUUAAGUCCCACUUACAAUUAGAAUGAGCAGAGUUGCAUUUUGUUAGAAUUUAUGUUGCAAACAGGGAGCAAGUACUCCAAACCCUAAAUGUAAAUGAAAUCUCAUUGUAUUUAUAUUACGAAAUC